GGCUUCCUGGCCCCCUGCACCGUGCGGGUGUAUUAUAGAUGCGCAUCCAGGCAGCCGGGCGGCACUGCAUGUUUACAAUGUAACAGGCAGACUGGAGCCGCACAGAGGGCAGGGCUUAACCAUUAACUAACAUUAACCAUUAAAUCAGCUGUGCAGAGCCGGUACCGCACAUAAGGCGUGCGUACCGGCUUCCACGCCUCACAAGCCUGAGCGCGUUAACAAGAGGUGGAGGAUAAAUUCAGCCGGGCACACGGAGUCCCUGUACUCAUACAGAUCAUCACUCCGGUCUGUCCUCACACCGAGGACCACUGGCACUCAGAGGUGACGGUCCACUCUGGUUGGAGAGAUACUUUUCCACUGUUGGUAAUUCAAUCCUCAUACUGAGACCUUUAAAUAUCACAUUUGAAAACUGUCCAGCGGCCACGUGGUGUAAAGUGAGACGUUUGGAGCCCUGUGCAGCGACCAGUCUCACAUGGACAGCAGACUGACAGCAUGACCGGUGCCACUGCAGGUCUCUGAUUUACAUAUUUUUCCAGCUUGUACUGAACUGCAAAGGACUGUUUCCAGCUGACUGCAGGGGAUUUCUGUGGUGAGUCCCCUCCCUGUUGUUUUCUAUCCUUUUCUAUGUUGAACCAGUAUGUCUUCUGUUUUUUGCCGGCCUAACCUGAGCACCUUGCAGUGAAUGGAGAACAUACUGGUUCUGCUCCCGAAGCACCGACAGGAACACAGGCUUUGCAGACGCACGGCUGCAUGUGCCUCGCUGCAGGUUUUUUCUGGCAGAGUGUUUUUCUCCCAGUCUUUAUGACCGACCUCCACACCUUGUCGGCCUCUUUAAUGGGAUAAAUCAGUUGGACUGAUCAGGUUCAAAACCAGAUCCGGUGGUCAGUUCUGACUUUCCCAUAAAACCGUUAGGCUGAGGCACGCUGACCUUUUCUUAUCAAGCCCACUGUCUUCAAAGGCUUCCGCAUGGUACUUUGGUCGAAAGAACAAGAAAAGCUCCCCGACAUCGACAUGUCUUCUGGGGCCAUUGAGAUGAAGAAGGAGGGAGGCCCCCUCACUUCGGCCUUCCUCAACUCCAACUGCACCGUCCACCCGGUGAUCCUGACAAAGGGCCCCGAAGAAGUGAGCCCGGUGACCGGGGAUGAGUUUGAGCUCACCGAGGUCACAUCUUUCCCCGAGCGAGUGAAUGAGACUGGGGAGAACGACGAGAGGUCGGAGAUUGUGGUGGCCAUGGACUGUCGGGCCAAUGCCAAAGGUCAGCGAGAGGAGGAUGCGCUCCUGGAGAAUGCAAGCCAGAGCAACGAGAGUGAUGACACCAGCACCGAUCAGAGCCCCGAACCAACAGCACCCCUCAAGGAGACCUCCUUUUCCAUCGGACUGCAGGUGGUCUUCCCCUUCUUGCUGGCCGGGUUCGGGACGGUGGCAGCAGGGAUGGUGCUAGACAUCGUCCAGCACUGGACGGUGUUCACCGAUGUGUCUGAGGUGUUCAUCCUAGUUCCUGCACUGCUGGGGCUUAAAGGCAACUUGGAGAUGACGCUGGCCUCCAGACUUUCUACAGCGGCUAAUAUUGGGCACAUGGACACAGCCAAGGACAUGUGGAAGAUGAUCAUGGGGAACUUGGCCCUCAUCCAGGUCCAAGCCACAGUAGUGGGGUUCCUGGCCUCCAUAGCUGCUGUGAUCUUUGGCUGGAUCCCAGAGGGACACUUCAAGCUGGGCCAUGCAGUGCUGUUGUGUGCCUCUAGUGUGGCCACCGCCUUCAUCGCUUCUCUGCUGCUAGGUCUCAUCAUGAUCGGCGUGAUUGUUGCAUCCAGAAAAGUCGGCAUCAACCCUGACAAUGUGGCCACGCCAAUCGCUGCUAGCCUAGGAGAUCUGAUCACCCUGUCCCUGCUGGCAGGCAUCUCAACAGGACUCUACAAAGAGCUAGAGUACAAUGAUUAUGCCAACCCUCUAGUGUGUGCAGUUUUUGUGGCGAUGUGCCCACUAUGGGUGCUGAUAGCCAGGAAGAUCCCAUCCACCAGAGAGGUCCUUUACUGCGGCUGGGAGCCAGUCAUCAUCGCCAUGGCCAUCAGCAGUGUCGGUGGUCUGAUCCUCGACAAAACUGUCACCAACCCAAACUUUGCUGGCAUGGCUGUCUUCACUCCAGUCAUCAAUGGUGUGGGAGGUAACCUGGUAGCAGUUCAGGCAAGUCGAAUCUCCACCUAUCUACACAUGAACGGUAUACCCAUGGGGGAUCCCAACCCAGCCCCCAGGAAGUGUCCCACACCCUGCACUUCCUUCUUUGGUUCCACUGUGAACUCCCGUUCAGCCCGUGUACUUUUCCUGCUGGUUGCCCCAGGGCACCUCGUCUUCCUCUACACCAUCAACUCCCUGAGGGGGGGACACACCACCCUCACACCCAUCUUCAUUACCUUCUACCUGUUUGCUGCACUACUGCAGGUCAUGAUCCUCCUCUACCUGGCAGACUGGAUGGUCCACUGGAUGUGGGGUCGGGGCAUGGACCCUGACAACUUUUCCAUCCCGUACCUGACCGCCCUGGGUGACCUGCUGGGGACUGGCUUCCUAGCCCUGUGCUUCCACUUGCGCUGGUUCAUCGGGGACAGAGACACUAACGUGGGCAACUGAAUGCAUGCACAGAUACACACACACACACACACACACACACACACACACACACACACACACACACACACACACACACACACACAUAAAAACAACUUAAAUCCUUACUGUAUCCUUGCACGCUCGAGCAGUGACGAACAUCACUCGCAUUGUCUGAACACUGAAACUGGACAUCUACAACGAAAGGGCUAAACUCCUGUCAGGCUCUGACUGACGGUGCAUAUAGUGCACGUAGCAUUUCAUCUUCAGGAUAUCAGGACACUGUUGCUCAGCAGCAGCCCACAAAUCCACCUUAGAGAAAAUGGAAUGUCUUCACCUCAACCACGCAACAAAACCCCACCAGUGAUGGAUUCAUUACUCCACCGUUAUUUUACUUAAUGAGUCCUGCCACUUUUGUUAUCAUACCAUUGACAAUGAUUGUUAUUGUUCAAAAAGAUGCAUUUGAUAGCUGAUAUAUGAAUGGAUAUUUGUUCUAUGUGCACGGCCAGUCCUCAUUAUUUUCAAUGGGAACAUUCGCCGUCUUGUUUUUAAAAACAUUUAACACUUGAAACCUUGACAGAAAAAAGACAGCAAAAAGAAAAAACAUCCAAACAAGCCUAGAAUGCAUAAUCACCAAGUGCUACUUCACGUAUAUAGAAUGAUAAUUAUAUGAGAUCUAAUGGAAAAUCUGAUUUACUAGAACCUAUAGGACUGUCCUCCUAGUAGGGAGCUCUUUUAGGGGGUUUCACUAUAGGAGACUGGACCACCAACUAGCUAAAUCCCUUUUUAACAUUGUUUCCAUGGGUGGAUGGCUUCAUUUGAGUCAGGGUAUGAAAAUGAAGAUGUGAGGCUUUGUUUUCCGUAGCUGCUCACGCCCAUUUCUGGCAUUUAAAAUAAGGACUACCAGACCUGAGGGGAGUCCAGCACUUCAGACAGUCACUAUAACAAUGGACUCGUCUCUUAGUUUUAACAUGAUGUGUUGGAAAUCACAUAAUUAGUUUAUUUAGCCGUGCUGUCCUCACAGGUUACACUGCUUCCAUUGUUGGCCAACUGUGCUCAUAAAACAUCCUUAUUCACAGAAAAAACAAGCAAAUACACUUAAGAAAAAAUAAAUAUGUGUGUAAUGGCUGUGUGACUGUCAGUCAGGAGUGUAUCAAAACUCGACUCCCUCUGAGCUUGAGCUCCACUUGUGGUGCCAAGAAGUCAGCAAAGGUCGAACUGUACCCUGAGCGGUUCCAGGUGAGAACAGCACCAGUGCCCCUGUAUGUAAGCUUCUGCCAACUUUCUACUGAACAAACAAAACGGUUGUUGCUGUGUAUCCCAAGCCAGGCUUUCAGUAAGUGACAAGAGGCUCAACACGCUGUAGUGCACUGGAACAAGCCUGCAGAGUUGGGACAGAGUCUGAAAGUGUGUUAAGUUGUCUUAGCCAGGCCGCCAGGUUAUGCUGACUCGUGUUCAGUCUGGCACCAGAUGAAAGGUAAUGAUGGCAGAUAUUUUGUGUGAAUAUUUGGCCGUACUAAAUGUUUGGUUCCCACAGAGCAAUUAGGCCACGUUAGGGUAGUGAAUUAAGAGACAGCUCAAGGAACUGCGUCAGGUCAUAGGAGGAUAUGGGGAAGAAUUUUAGUCAAUUCAGAUUCAUGCAAAUGUCAACAUAAUUUUCCAAAUUCUUUGUAAUUCUAAAUUCGUCUGCCUGAAAACCCGGUGAGACUACACAAUGAAGUCCCACAUGUAGCAGUUAAAUCUCCUGCAGAAUUGCAAUAAUCAGGUGCAGCAAAUUUGAGUUCUAACCCUUGACCCAGAUAGAGUCAUAGCUCACUAACCAGCAAUAACCCUCUGCUACUAUAAAUUGCUGAAUAAAAAUGUGGUUUGGAGAUUUCUGUAGUAUAGAAUAGUAACAGUAGAACUGGUUUUGUACACUGAUACGGCCAUUGUGGAGUUUCCUGUGCUCCUUGUUCUUGGGCAAAUUUCACCAGGAGACCUGGUUUUGUCCUUCCAUUGAAAUACAUGCAUACAGUUAGGUUAAUACCCCCCGAGAAAAAAAAAAAGAGUAAUUCAAGACAAAAAAAAAAGAGUUUAACACUACAAUAAGUUAAUUAAUUAACUUAUUGUCAUGAUGCUAAAAGUUCACUAAGCCAUCUAAGCUGUCAGUUAGCAAUUGUUAGCUUAGUUUAAAAGAAAGAAAGUUCAGAUUCUUUCAGACUCUCAAAAGCUUCCUAUGUCAGUAAUAAGUGACAGGAAAUGAUGGAAAGAGACCGUGGAUGACAUGUGAGGUCAUAAGGCUGCAUGUAUGUACACUAACCUUAACCCCAUCUCUGGGAACUUUUACCCCUUUCCAAGAACCUGUUUACUUACUGUCAGGAAUUAUGUUUAUUACUAUUAGUUAUUAGUAUAUAGGACAGAGUCACAAAGCAGAUAGCUGUUUUAUGAAAGUAUAGCUUGUAGCUUUCCUACAAAUAUAGGAUUUGGGUAUGAAAUCACAUUGCCAAUAGGAAACUGCUUUUUAACAAAUCCCAGAACGUUGAUUCUGUUGAUCUGGACGUAGUGUUUUCAGAUCAACGGCGACUUCUUCAGCCUCAGCUGACUGCAGGUUUCUCCGGUCUUGUAAACAGUAUAUUUGCACUGACUAACUCCUUUGUAACAUAGUAGCUCUGUUUCUUUUGAUUUGACUGCAUUGGUUUGCAAAAUGCCAAACUCUUCCACCUUUUUUUUCUCGAGUACAGACUAAUGUUACCAUUCUACUGCUUGGUGUGAUUGAGCACCGAGGCAGAAUUCAUUAUUAGUUGUUACUUUUCCCCAGUUAUGCCAAAGUGUGUAUUUUCCCUUUUGUUUUUGAAAUGAUGUCUGAUAAUAAGGGAGGGAAGUGUUUCAUAGGAGUAACUGAAUACUAUUUAACCACAUUUUAAUCAUCAUUGACAUAAUGAGAUAACUUUAGCGUGUGCCCCACAUCCACACAACUGAUCUGCCAUCAGCUAACUCUGUAUUCAAGGGCUCGCAGGUGAGGAGGAGAAUGAAACGGGAAGUGGUGAGCCAUGUUGACAGACUGUAUCGAGUGCCGGUGUCAGUCCAGGAGAAACCUGCAUGUGAUGCUUGACUUAACUGUUUCCAAAGGGGGCCAGCAGAAUGCAUGUGCAGGGAACAUGGUGUGAAUGUGCAAAACUUGAUUAUUGUAUCUGUUUAAAAUCUUUGAUCUCAUGAUGUUUUUUAAAGUGUCAAUUAUGUUAAAAUUGUGAUUUUUUUUUCUUUGUUUUCCUUUAAUUCUUUGCCUCCUUUCUUCUUAACGCUUCAUCAUUAUAGUUUUUUGUCAUGAAUUUGAUCAAACAACCACUGUAAACACUGUCUCCAAGCUGGUCAAAUGCAACAUUGUACUGUAAUCUGCAAAACCGCCUCCAGAGGGCACUGCAGGGAUUCUCCUAACUGUACAUCUCCUGUGUGUGUCCUCUGGAUUCACAUCCUCAGCUGGAGUGACAUCAUUGGUUUUGUCUGCUUUUCUACAGUAUUUAACUUGUAAGAGUUGCACCCCUCCACUCAGUCUGUACCCUCCACUCUCUUACUGACCAGGUGCCAGCAUUCUGCCUCGACGUCAAUGGAAAGUUGUGAAUACUUCAAAAAUGGGGCAUGUAAUGCUUUAUUUAUUUUUAGAAACACACAAAGCAAAUUGUACAUACUAUAUUUAUUCUAUAUAUAAGGUUGUUUAUUUUUAAUUUUGGCUCAGUAUCACGGUCACCAUGUCUUCGUUCUAUUCUUUGCUGAAGGCCAGUAGAGCUUUUUUGCACUCUCUGCGAUAGAAUUGCAGUGAGGCUAAUGACUAGCACAGUGCCUAAUAUCUGUCCUUACACACCUCACACACACGCUCACGCGCCCUAUCUCGCGCAGGGAAAGCAUACUUAUGAGACAUAGAAUGGCCUUAACCUAUCAGAGCCAAGCUCUAUUCAGAAUAACUAAUCAGGAACUAGGUUCACCACAGAGUAGUGUCUGUUUAUUUAGCUCUGAUUUUGAAAAACAAAAAAACAACUGUACAAUAUGUUGAUUAUGUGUAAUGUAAUAAUGAUUUUAUAUGACGCUGCAGUGGAGAUCAGUUCUUGUUCAGUUCGGAAGCUGGUAGACCCCCCAGCAAGUUGCUUUACACGGCAUCUGGGAAGUCUGGGAUUAGAAAUAAAGAGUCCAACACACCUAAAGAAAACACAGAGUUCUCUGGUUCUUUGUCUUCUUAUGAAUCCAGAUGUAUCCUUCCCUCUAUCUUACAUAUCCAGCCUUUAAAACCCCCCACCCACCUGCUGCCUUGUUAACCUCAGUGCUUCGAAUUGUUGAACCCCUGAACUCACAGGGAACCACGCUGACCCCCAGACUGCCAUCGCUGACUUUAAAUAUCAGCUUUUGACACUUAAUGUCAAAAUUAUUUUAAACACAUGGACAGUCUUACUGGGUCUGAGGUCUUUGUGUUCUCUGUGUGUUCCUUUUGUAAAAGCCUCCCUCUGUGAGGCAGGAGGAAGGCUUUCUUCCUGCAGGUCUUUGUAAAUUGCUGGAAAUAAAUAAACUAUAUUAUUUCAUA